GUUACAUCAAUGUCAACCAUCUCAACAUGCCGCCGCCAAGUUCAGUCUUUUCGGCCCACGAGCGCAAUGCCUUGAAGGAUCGAUGGGGCUCGCAGGCAUCGCGCCUAACACGCGAUUCUUUUCUGCCAUUUGGAUCAUGUCAACUUUGCCUUCUCUCCGCCGUGGACCCAGUAUGCUGUCCAUCAGGGGAUCUAUUUUGUAGAGAAUGCGCCAUGACCAACCUCCUCGCUCAACGGAAAGAAUUAAAGCGCCUUGAGAAAGUCGCUGAACGGCAAAAGCUAGAAGACGUGGAUCAGCAGGAACGAGAAGAUGAACUGGCACGACUACGUGCUGUGCAUGAGUUUGAAGCUGUGCAGAUGGGUCUCGAAGUCAAGGUUGGUGCUGGGUCGAAAGUGGUUGGUCGAGAAGGCGGGAACAUUACGGUCGAGCAAGACGAAGCUACAGGCAGCAAGGGGACGAAACGCAAAUUCAAGAUCGAUGAAGAAGAGCUGAAGCGCAUUGCAUCUGAAGAGCGAAUUAAAGCCAAGAAGACGCUUCAAGAUGAGCGCAAAGCCGCCAAAGGCCAACUUCCUUCAUUCUGGGUACCAGGAGAGACACCAGAGAUUCACCACAAGAGCAUCAGCAAGGUAAAGCAGAUCCCAACAUGUCCAUCAAGCGAUCCGGAACACCCACACGACCUGUCGCUGAAGACACUGAUGAGCGUCAACUUUCACGAGGAAAAGUCAGCAGAGCCAGGCAAGACCGCGCGCACAUGCCCCAGCUGUCAAAAAGCACUAUCAAACAGCACAAAAGCCAUGCUCGCGAUACCUUGUGGGCACGUCUUGUGCAAGCCUUGCGUUCAGAAAUUCCUGAAGCCGGAGCAUCGACAUCACAGAGAUGUACACGACGAAGGGCCGGACCCUGAAACCAUACAUUGCUAUGUGUGCGAUGCGGAUCUUACGACUGUGCCGGAGGAGAAGGAGAAUGAUGGGAAGAAGAAGAUGAAAAAUAAAGAGAAGGGGCUAAAGCCGGGGCUGGUAGAGAUCAGGAGUGAGGGGACUGGGUAUGCGAGUGGUGGGAAGAGUCUGAUCAAGAGGGAAGGCGUUGCGUUCCAGGUGUAGACGCGUACAU